ACAGUGAACUGUGUACAAAUCCUCUUGGAAGAAAUGAGUUCCCACCUCAGUCGGUACAGAAAAGCAUGAUAAAGGUUGGGGGAAAAUGGAUAAAAAUGUUGAAAGAACCUCCAGUUCCUUAUUAGGCGAAGAUACAAUAUUUAUUCCUUGUCUCCUGGGAUAAAUCUCUUCUAGCUAUUGUCCUCCGAGUUCUCAGUGCUGAUGCUUAAUUUUCAAAACUUCUAUAUUACCAAGGGACCUACGACAUCAGCGAAAGAAAUACUCAGCAAGUACAAAAUCUGUUCCAGGGAGCUGCUUUUGUGCAGAGGGAAAAUUUUGUUCCUACAGGUUUUUAAGUGGGGAAUGAGAUAAGGAGUUAUCUGAUCUGGGCAAAACCAUUACAAUUGAGCUCUCUAUCUAUAGCACUUUUUUUUUUUGCUUUAAACCUUUUUUUUUUUUUUUUUUUUGGAAAAUACAAGAAGUUUGGGAUUUUUUUUUUGUUUCCCUCCCGAUUCUUUUUUUGGAGGGGGAAAUUGCAUCGUUAGCUUUUGGAGGAAUCCAACAUGUCAGCUACCUUUCCGGGACUAGUCCACGAUGCUGAGAUACGUCACGACGGAUCAAACGGCUACCGUCUGAUGCAGCUCGGCUGUCUGGAAUCCGUCGCCAACUCCACCGUCGCCUACUCCUCCUCCUCUCCGCUCACCUACUCCACCACCGGCACCGAGUUCGCGGCCCCCUACUUCUCCACCAACCACCAGUACACCCCGCUGCACCACCAGUCCUUCCACUACGAGUUCCAGCACAGCCACCCGGCCGUCACCCCCGACGCCUACUCCCUCAACCCGCUGCACCCCUCCCAGCAGUACUACCAGCAGCUCCACCACGGGGAGCCCGCCGACUUCAUCAACCUGCACAAUGCCCGCGCCCUCAAGUCCUCCUGCCUGGACGAGCAGCAGCGGCGCGAGCUGGGCUGCCUGGACGCGUACCGCCGCCACGACCUGUCCCUCAUGAGCCACGGCUCCCAGUAUGGAAUGCACCCCGACCACCAGAGACUCGUGCCCGGGCCUAGCCUGGGCCUGGCCGCCGCGGGGGCCGACGACCUGCAGGGCUCUGUAGAAGCUCAGUGCGGGCUCCUUCUCAAUGGCCAAGGUGGAGUGAUAAGGAGAGGUGGCACUUGUGUGGUCAAUCCCACGGACCUGUUUUGCUCGGUUCCUGGCCGUUUGUCCCUGCUCAGUUCGACGUCCAAAUACAAGGUGACCAUCGCGGAGGUGAAGAGGCGCCUCUCGCCCCCAGAGUGCCUCAACGCUUCGCUCCUGGGAGGCAUUUUGCGAAGAGCAAAAUCCAAGAAUGGAGGCCGCUGCCUGAGGGAGAAGCUGGACCGCCUGGGCUUGAACCUGCCGGCUGGAAGAAGGAAAGCUGCCAACGUCACGCUGCUCACCUCCCUGGUGGAAGGGGAAGCGUUGCACCUUGCGCGGGAUUUUGGCUACACGUGUGAAACGGAGUUUCCAGCCAAAGCAGUAGGAGAGCAUCUCGCCCGACAGCACAUGGAACAGAAGGAGCAGACAGCACGGAAGAAGAUGAUCCUAGCCACCAAACAAAUUUGUAAAGAAUUCCAAGACCUCCUGAGUCAAGACCGGUCACCACUCGGAUCUUCCAGACCUACUCCCAUUCUCGACCUCGACAUCCAGAGACAUUUAACCCAUUUCAGUUUGAUUACUCAUGGCUUUGGGACUCCUGCAAUCUGUGCGGCCCUGAGCACGUUCCAGACCGUCCUCAGUGAAAUGCUGAACUACUUGGAAAAACACACGACUCACAAAAACGGAAGCGCAGCGGAUUCCGGCCAAGGACAUGGUACCUCAGAGAAGGGUCCCCUGCGGAAGAGCUCAGAGGCCGCCAUGAAAGAGGGAAAAACAGAAAAGACAGACUAGCUACAUCAAACACAAUCUAUUCCAGACGGUCUUGCUGCUGAUAUUUUUUCUAGUCUAUCUAUCACUGAGGGCGACGGCUUUGCAGUGGACACAAUCUCUCCCCUCCCUCGACCCCUCCAUACAAAAAAUAAAACAAAAAACAAAAAAAACCCCACAUGGAAAUGAAAAAGGAAACAAAAAAAAGGACAAAUCC